UGGGCUGCUGUAACCCAGCUCCAGCUUGCCUUUCCUUCGAUGACUACACCCUGAGAGGAGGAGCGAGAGGCUCAUAGUAGGCGUCAGAAUCCUCAAUUUCCAACUUAGCAUCCUGGCAGGACACUCUCCGAAGCAAAGCCCCAUCCGAGAGCAAAAAACUUGUCCCGCGCGCUCGGCAUGAGAGUCACAGCGCGCGCAGAGAGUGAGAGAGCUCCUCGAAAAUCCGCGUGUGAGUCUGACAACGACUGAUUAACGAGUGCGAAGUCUAUGCAUUCGUCGUUCUCUUUAAUUUUCACUGCUAUCAACGUGAGGAGAACAGGACGGAGGUCUGUUUACUCGGAACUCUAUGAGCGAGCGCAUAGAGCGCGUGAGAGUUUGAGGGAGAAAAACUCAAGUGAGAAGCUUAAAUUUGGAUCUCCACCAUGGCGUACCCUCAGGGCUACUUGUAUCAGCCAUCCGCCUCUUUGGCACUCUAUUCGUGUCCUGCCUACAGUACCAGCGUGAUAUCGGGACCUCGGACAGAGGAGCUAGGGAGAUCUUCCUCUGGCUCUGCUUUCGCUCCCUAUGCCGGAUCUACAGCGUUCACCAGCGCCUCGCCAGGCUACAAUUCCCAUCUCCCGUACAGCGCUGACGCGGCCGCCGCCACUUUCACUUCUUAUGUGAGCUCCCCGUAUGACCACACCACAGGCAUGGCCGGAUCUAUAGGGUAUCAUCCUUACGCUGCUCCCUUGGGCUCGUACCCGUAUGGAGACCCAGCUUACCGCAAGAAUACUACCCGGGACGCCACAGCCACUUUGAAAGCUUGGCUUAACGAGCACCGGAAAAACCCGUACCCCACCAAAGGCGAGAAGAUCAUGCUGGCCAUCAUCACGAAAAUGACCCUCACUCAAGUGUCCACCUGGUUCGCUAACGCCAGGAGGAGGCUAAAGAAGGAGAACAAGAUGACCUGGACCCCACGGAACCGGAGCGAGGACGAGGAGGAGGACGAAAACAUUGAUCUCGAGAAAAACGACGACGACGAGCCAAACAAGCCCACGGACAAGGGAGACUCCACAGACACAGAGGCAGAUAAUAAACUCAUCAACCCAGGGGAGCUACCAUGCGACAGGUUUAAAGACGAGUCUCAUGCUAAAGAUCUUGAUCCACCUUUGACAGACUCGGAAUUAAAAGACGCAGAGGAGAGGACGGAUUUGCUCGCCGAGCAAGCAAAACCCACCACUUCUUCUCCCUCCGUCCUACAGAGAGGGAAUGAUCUCAUUACGCAAGAAAAGCCCCCAGAACCGGGCCACGCCGCCAGCACGGUGAACAGCAACGUAACGUCUGUUAUUCAUUCUCCCCCUUCGGCGCCCAAACCCAAACUCUGGUCUCUAGCCGAGAUCGCCACGUCCUCGGACAGGUGCAAAGGGAGCAGUGAGGCUCCACAGGCCGCGGGGCUGGGUCAAAGCACAGUCAUAGCCAGCGCUGCCUCGCCGACCCGGUCCUCCCCCCAGUGUCCUCUCCCUAAUAACACUGUCCUUUCUCGGCCUAUUUACUACACGUCCCCUUUUUACCCGGGCUACACGAACUAUAGCACUUUCGGACACCUCCACAGCAGCCACGGCACCAACAGCAGCUCCACGGCACAUUUCAAUGGAUUAAGCCAGACUGUUUUAAACAGAGCCGAGGCUCUGGUAAGAGAGAGCAAAGUAAGAAGCCAAACACAGGUAGAUCUUUGUAAAGACUCACCUUAUGAGCUAAAGAAAGGUAUGUCAAACAUUUAAUACCGGAUUCAUCGCCAAUCACACGGACAUUUAUUUAUUAUUUGUGGUUGCUUAAAGAAGAAGCAAAAGAAGACACAUUAAGAAAAAAAAAAAAAAUCCGAGGACAAUUAUUUUCUGAGUAAAUGCUUAUCCUCAAAAUCUUAGUUUCUGAAUGGUUAAUCAAGAGGAUGUAACUUCUAAGAAUUGUCUUAAACGCUGCAGCCGCCUGAGUCUAUUUGUAUUAAAGACUAAUAUGUAUAUUUAAUGUAGCAUUUUGUAUUUAAAAUGGACAAUACACUAUCUUUGAAGUAAAUUAUGGAAAAGAAAAUGUGUGCAGCGAUUGAUUUGAGUUUGCAUGCAUGUUAAUGAGAAUUUGAUGGCUGCACAAUUUAAAGCGAUAUUAUUUAUUUGCGGGUGCGUGACAUCAUGCCCGGACAGAUAGGCUGUUAUUGCUAAACGCUGGAAUGCCGAGUAAAGCAGUGAUAAUACUUGGAAUUAGCUUGAACACACUGUUUUAGAAUUUACCUCUAAAAAACAAAGAAGGGCGGCACAUUUUGAAACUCAGGCGGUUUGGGAAAAGCUAUAUGAAGACGGGUCUCUUUAUUUGUCGAUUGCUGUUAAGUUUUUACUCAAGUUUUUCCCGAUAGCAUUCGGUCGGGACAAUGCUCAUCUCUAUUUUGCAAACAGAGAGAUGCUUCGACGGAUGAAUAUUGAUAUGACAACACCGGCAAAAGUGUCGAGCAGUCAUUUAACCCAAUUACAUUCCAACCGCGUCGUGUUAUAUGCAAAGCAAUCAGGUGGCGAACUCCAGUAAUGAGUUCGAUUUUAUGCCAAAUUUAGACCUCAUUACUAUUUCCUAGGCGUGGCAAAGUGGUUAGAGGCGCGCGGCGAUGCGGAGUGGGUCUGGGAGCAUACUGCUCUGUUAUAUCAUUAAAUGGUAGGAUAGGCUUAAUAGUGCUUUGGAUUAUAGAGACUGAUGGCUUUCAAGAGUGUAGCCAAGGUGCCGUGACAAGCAAAUGUCCCCCUGGCAUGGCCUGUCCCUUAGUUCUGUCCUGCACCUCUACCCUCACCCGCAGGUAGGUGUCACACUUGCUCUUAAUAUCGAGGCCUGACUCUUUAGGAGACUGUGAGUGAACCUUUUUCAAGAGGCACAGAUAAUCAAGAGUAAUAAAUUAUAUAUAAGGUUUAAAAAUGUUUACGUGCUUUAGCAAUUACAGAAAGUGUUAUCAAGAUACAAAUUCCCACAAAGAGACUGCAAUUAAGAUUAAUAAUAAGUAAAGAUUUCAACUGAUUUAGUUAUACAUUUAAAUCUAUUUCAGUCUUUAAAUUACAACACAACAAAUCUAUAAAUUAUACAACACUCUGGAACAUUAUAAAAAAAUAACAAUACAUAAAUUAUUAUUAAAACUUAUGUAUUUUGUCGUCCGAUAUGUGCGCAAAUCAGUUGUAUUAUUUAACAUGGUUCCAUUAAAUAUAAUUAUUCUACAAUAUUAAUAUCAUUAAUAAAACUGCCUUUCAGUAUCGAAGUAUGGCCUACUUAAAAUGGAAACGGAGAAUUACAUUUUUUAGCACAUCCUCUACAUAGGACUGAUAUUUUCAGCAUUUCAUAUAAAAUAAAACUGCAUCGUUUGCAUUUAAUUAUAACCAGAAAUGUAUAAUAAUCAUAAUAACAAUAAUAAUAAUAAUAAUAAUAAUAAUAAACGUGAGGACUGGAAGCGACUUGAUUCAUUUGGAGGUCGUGUCAUUAAUCUCUAUAGUUUACUUUGCGCACUCCAGUUGAAAAGUCCCCUGGGUUUCAUUUAAUUCCCCUGGCUCUAAUGUCCUUCCCCGGCAGCAGAGCGGGUGAGGGGGGCAGCUAUAUUUAAUCUCUCGGAGUGGGAUGGAGCUGCCGCUGCACCACAUCAGCCGGCUAAAUAGCAUAAUUAUGUUUUUCUUUGCUGAUCCCUCUAGGAGUUGAAGCAUUCGAUGCAAUGCCCCGUGUGUGCAUAAGUCUUUCUAGAAGUUUAAAAAGCAGCAAUUUAUAUUCUCGAAGACACAUGGUUACAUUUUCCUCCCGAAUUAAUCUAAUAAACAUUCAUUCGCCUGAAUUGUCACAUUUUUAGAAAAUAUCCUCUCUUUUAACGCUGAUAUACCAGGAUUAAAUAUUGAAAUAUCGAUAAUAAUUUACGAUCUCAUUUUACGCAUGAUGGAAAUCAACUGGAUAUUUCAACUGGACGGGGAUUGUGUAAAAACUGAUUUUUAUUUUUUAUAGACACAAUAGGGUCUUUUGAACACACUGAAGAUGCCUAAUCUACUCUGUAAAGGUCGUGUGAACUUCAAAUAAAACUGCAUGGCUAUAAUGCAAAAAUAAAACCUGUAUUUAAUUCUCAGAUAUUUUCAAAGGUCAAUCACUAACACGUGACUUAAAUCAGCGAUUGUCUAUUUUAAUUUGCUGUGUUAAGGGUAGUAUAUUAUUAUAACGAAAGACAAAUGGGAUAGUGUUAUUCAAUCUAUUGUCGGUAAUAGUUUUAAUUUGCACCCUAUAUAGUAAAAUCGCGCAUUACCCUAGCCUAUUUUAAACACAAGCUACAAUUAUAUUCAGCGUGACACAAUGUAUUAAUUCAGUAAGCUUUUAUAUUCGGUCUGCCGGUCCGUACUUUUGUAAGAAUGAAUAACCGCACGAACUCCGUAAUGAUCCCACAAGACUUUGUUCAACUUUUUUUCCCGCGUCUCUCUUUCUCUGUCUCUCUCUCAGUUGAAUGGGUCUCAGUCUCAUUGUUCGGAAGAGAUCCACAGUCACUGUGUGUGCAUGUCAAGUAAAAGCAAGACAGUUCCCACGUGUAAAAAAGAGAGACUGGGACGAAUCUAACCGAUAGGCCAAAUAAAGAAAGUAUAUGCUGAAAUAAGAUUUUAAAAUGUAAAUGUGCUGUUCUGCGAAGAAACUUUGGAGCAGCUCUACAAUAAUAAAAGGAAAAGAGCAGUGUUACCAGAAACGACUUCAUUUACGAUUUUCCUUAUCAUGUUAGGAGGGGCUGCUUAUUAUAAUUGCUUAUUAUUAUUAUUAUUAUUAUUAUUUGGUUAUACACCUGUAUUAAGUUUCUGAACAAUGGGCUAUAUCGAACGAGGGUAGGGGAAAACGAAAUUACUCAGAAAAAAUUAAAAUAGCGUUUACUAAUUCCAGAGCUGUUCAAAAAUAGGCUACAUUGGGAAAGCGAGUGUCGACAUGGCCCUUGCAGCUAUUUGCUUUCAUUAGAAACGUGACAUUCGCUUAUUCACGCAGCAGGAGAAAAAUCGUAUUUUCUGACAAACUGGACAAACACAAGUCAGAAUAAAUGGAGGAGAAAGUGAGACGAAAACAACGUUUUUGGGUACAUUUACAUUAAUUGGAAAAUAUAACGGGAUUGGAAAUAGCUUAAUAAAACUGUACAUGUAAAUAUACAUGCAUAAAAAAUUGCUAGAUAUGUCCCACCAUGCAUUUUAGAAAGUUGCGCACUCAUAAUGCACGCACCCAUAAUUCCACAAAAUCCCUUUCCUCUUUAUAGGCUGCAUUUCUAAAUUUUACAGAAAUUGUCAGUAAAUUUGUAGGGGAAAUAUGCAGAACCGAUCCUCUAAAAUUCAGUGUAUAGGAAAUAUCCUCUGGAUAUAUUUCCUAAACGUGUUUGCAUACAUCAUGCAGCAACAGCAUUUGCACGCUCUACAACCUCACAAAACCCAGCACCAAAUAUUUUUUUUUUUUUUUUUUUUUUAUGAACAAGACUCUGUUGAAUCUCUGCUUAACAGGGCUACAUAAUGAUAAAUACGAGUUUAAAACAGAACAUUUGAUCUUAAAACAUUCACGCGUAAAAUUACACCUGCCACGUAUUUGAGCAGUGAGCGACUGGGCCUCUCCAGAAAAACAGGUAAAGUCUAUGGCGUAAUCAGAACCUGUUGAUAAAAAUAAUCGCUAAAUCACCGUUAAAAUGUACCGGACCAAGUGUUCCAAAUCGGAUUUCUGCAUAAUAUCGACAGUCCACCUGAUAACAGCUAACUACUACUUGAUCCCUCCACACUAACACUACUCCAGCUGAGUCGAAUCAAAUUCAGCUCGAAUGUGUAAAAGGACACCCAUUUAUUUGACCUGGUUAUAAUAUGCGCUGGGACAUCUGUGCGAGGCAGCAGAGCAAGUGUGGCCAAAUUCAGAACUGUUUUUCUUCCCUCUCUGUCUCUCCUUGAAGUGAACAAUAUGUCGGUUGAUUAGGGUUAGUUAGUUUAGAAAAAUAGAGAGACAAGAAAACCGCUUGAGGGGACCUUGGUCGAAAGAAAAGCUGGGGUUUAAAAGCGGACAAAAAGAGAGAAAUAAUCGCAAAAACUGUUUGUGCGUGAUUUUUUCUUUUUUAAUUUACUGAUUUUUUUUUCUUCUAAACAUCAUCCUCACCCUCGAUAAAGAAACUGAAGUGGAGUGGCCUCUUCAGUAGGCUAUGGCAUGCUG